UCCAGGCUAGAUGUGCAUGUCAAAACUACAUGAACCACUUGAACCAGCGCAGCUAGGAUCAAACCGAGUCGAGUUCUCCGUAACGCACGACUCUUCAUCUGUUUGGGCAGAAGAGGGGUUGCCACAAUCUAUUAGUGCUCCUUUGUUUAAGCUACGUUCGUCAAAAGUGAGACGAUGAAGCCGUUAAUCAAUAACAAGUUACUCGGUUCCUGUUUACUACUUUUGGUGUUUUUGCAACCCGCCUGGUCAUCCAUCGUGGCACGUGAAAAAGUCAUAGAAUUGAUUCAUCAAGCUCAAGCAGAAGAGCGUUUGUUCGAACUCAAGGAACUCUUCGAAGGAGACAAAGAAGAAGUGCCAACAGAGUUCGCUCAGCCGUUGUCGUUGCAAAUUGUAGUCAUGCACGUAACGGACGCCUUGAAUCGAGAGAUGAAUAUACGAAAUUGGCAGGCCAUGCUGCGAGCUCUUGGUGGUGACCGUGAGAUUCUAAAACGAUUCGCGGAAAUGCGACCUUACUUUGCCUCACUGGAAAAGAGACUCAACCAAGGACAAGAUGGAGGUAUCGAAGAGCAACUCAACGAGCUGGCUGCUCUAAACACAUCGAUGACAACGUGGACUCGUAUCUGGCCGCAAUUGCAAACAUUGAUACACACAGUCGGUAAUCUACACGACUUGUUCGACUGCUUCCAACGUAACGCUACUGUCGUCAACAGACGUACUUUGAGCGACUAUGCUGACACCGUUCAUAGCACGGAUGGGCUAACCAUUGGCCAAGCUUUGAUUUCAAUCCACAAGGCUGUCUGCCCGUUCAGCAUGGACGACGCCUACGACGAUUACACGGAAAGCGAAAAUAACAGCACAGAUAUCUGUCGCGGAGGAGUUCUGGAGACUUUGCAAACGGAUAUAACUCGGGCCAACGAUAGCUUUAUCUGCUCUUUGCCCAAAUCUACGCACCAACUCGUCUAUGACCUUUAUGCCCUUUUAACUUUGACUGACGCCAAGGGUUACGCAAUGAUGCAGUUCUCUUGGAUGAUUUUGCGUCUAUACGGAAGAGGAAAUAAUUCCAACGAGACAGAAAAAGCUCGAGUCGAUUUCGAAAAGCGCAUGACUGAAAAGGCUGAAGCUGCACAAAAAGUGUUAUCACAGCUAUCCACUUGGAUGUGGAAAUGCGAUCCACCCACAAACGACCAGAUCGAGAACGAAACCUACAUUCGAUUCAAAGAAUUAUUGCAAGGUUACGUUGUCAACGAGUUGGAUCUCAAUCAAGACAACACUUGCAAAGACCAAAUUGAAAAUCACCAUCAGUGACAGAAAUAAUCAAACGGUAUAAUAUUUAACCAUUUAAAAGUCUUUUUCAUUUGAGCAGGAAGAAAUAUCGAGCUUAAUUUCAAAAUAAACACCACACUAAUAUUGACAUGGAAUGUUA